AUGUCGUUUGGAAAGCUUUACGGUUAUGCAGAAAACUCUAGAACGAUUGCUCUUUUGAUCCUUGCAAAAGAAAAUAAUCUUGAUGUAGAACUUGUUGUUGAAAAUCCCAAUGUAGGAUUAAGCAAGGAAUACUUGGAACAUUUUCCAAAGGGAAAAAUUCCAGGGUUUUUAGGUUCAGAUGGAUUUUGUUUGACAGAAACGAAUGCUAUUGCUAUUUACUUUGCAAGUCAAAAUGAAAAAACGACUCUACUUGGAAAAACUAAGCAGGAAUAUACAUCGAUUCUUCAAUGGAUGUCUUUUGCAAAUACUGAUCUUAUUCGAUCUAUUGCUUUAUGGUUUUUUCCAUUAGUUGGAAGGAUGCCAUAUUCCAAAAAAGUAGUAGAUGAAAACCAGGCAGAGACCAAUCGACUUUGUAGAUAUGUAGAUGAUUUUUUGAAAUUGAGGACAUUCUUUGUUGGAGAACGUUUAACUCUUGCGGAUUUAGUUAUGGCUGCUCAUAUUACGCCUGGAUUUUUGACAGUUUUUGGAGCAGAUUGGAGACGUGGAUUUCCGAAUCUUGUUCGAUGGUAUCUAACUGUUGUUAAUCAACCUAUUUGGACUGCAGCAUCACCCAUUCCAGUAAUGAUUGAAGAGCCGGUUAAGUAUGUCCCUAAAAAGUCAGAAAAAGAGACUAUUCCUCCGAAAUCAGAUGCUGAAUUGGAAAAACCAUUGGUGGAGAAGCCAAAGCACCUUCUUGACUCUUCACCUUCAUCUUCAUUUGUUUUGGAUGAAUGGAAGCGUCAAUUUUCUAAUAAUGAUCUGGAAACUGCUAUGAAAUGGUUUUGGGAGCAUUUAGAUAUAGAAGCAUACUCCUUAUGGCGAUUAGAUUAUAAAUAUAAUGACGAACUUGGCUUAAUUUUUCAAAGUUCAAAUCUUUGUGGAGGUUUUUUUCAGAGGCUUGAUGCAAGUCGAAAACAUAUUUUUGGAUCCUUAGUUGUCUAUGGAAAAGACCGUGACAAUAUUAUUAGUGGUGUAUUCCUUGUUCGAGGUAAAGAUUUUAAGACAGCUUUUGAUGUAGCUCCUGAUUGGGAAUCCUAUAAUUUUAUAUGUCUUGAUCCUACUAAGGAAGAAGAUAAAAAGCAUAUUAAGUCCGUUUGGGGUCGGAAUGAUCCAAUUGAAGUUGAUGGUAAGAUUUAUCCUGCUGCAGAUGGGAAAAUUUUUAAAUAA